AUGGCUGCUGCUACCGAAAUGGAGCCAUCAUCAUCUAUAAGCUUCGCAUCUUCUCACUUAUAUAAUCCUCCUCCUUUGGUUACUAAUCAUCAUUCAGCUGCUAAUCUUGAAGCUGUGAGUUUAAUCAAGCUAAGCUCCGAUCUGGAGCAGCUUCUCACUAACUCGGAUUGCGAUUAUACUGACGCUGAGAUCAUCAUCGAAGGAGAAUCUCACGCAGUGGGUGUUCAUAGGUGCGUUUUAGCUUCCAGGAGCACGUUUUUUCUUGAGCUGUUCAAGAAAGACAAAGAAACUAUUGCAAAGAGUGAGCAGAAACCAAAUUAUCAUAUGAAAGAUUUGUUGCCUUAUAGAAAUGUGGGGCGCGAGGCUUUUCUGCAUUUAUUGAACUAUAUCUACACUGGGAGGUUAAAACACUUUCCUAUGGAGGUCUCGACUUGUGUUGAUACAGUUUGUGCUCAUGAUUCUUGUAAACCGGCCAUUGAUUUUGCUGUUGAGUUGAUGUAUGCUUCACAUGUGUUCCAAAUCCCAGAGCUGGUUUCAUCAUUUCAGCGGCGAUUGUGUAACUACAUUGAGAAGUCACUUGUCGAGAAUGUUCUUCCGAUUCUUUUAGUUGCGUUUCAUUGUGAUUUGACUCAGCUUCUUGAUCAGUGCAUAGAUAGAGUGGCCAGGUCUGAUCUAGACAGAUUCUGCAUCGAAAAGGAGCUUCCUUUCGAAGUUUCAGAAAAGAUCAAAAAGCUUCAAAUCAAGUCUGUGAACAUCCCUGAGGUGGUGGAUAAACCGCUAGAGAGAACCGGGAAAGUGCUCAAGGCACUUGAUUCAGACGAUGUCGAACUCGUGAAGCUUCUUUUAACUGAGUCAGAUAUAACUCUAGACCAAGCCAAUGGUCUGCAUUAUGCAGUGGCCUACAGUGACCCGAAAGUUGUGGCCGAGGUUCUUGCUCUGGACAUGGCUGAUGUGAAUUUCAGAAACUCCCGGGGUUAUACGGUUCUUCAUAUCGCUGCUAUGCGUAGAGAGCCAUCGAUUAUCAUAUCACUUCUUGGAAAAGGAGCUAAUACUUCGGAUUUGACGUUUGAUGGACGUAGUGCGGUUAAUAUAUGUAGGAGACUGACUAGGCCAAAAGAUUACUAUACCAAAACAGUAAAAGGGCAAGAAGCUAACAAAGACCGCUUAUGCAUCGAUGUCUUGGAAAGAGAAAUUAGAAGGAAUCCAUUGGCUAGUGGUGGGGAUACACCGACUUGUUCACAUUCGAUGCCUGAGGAUCUCCAAAUGAGGUUGUUAUACUUGGAAAAGCGAGUGGGACUUGCUCAGUUGUUCUUCCCAACAGAAGCCAAUGUAGCUAUGGACAUUGCUAAUGUUGAAGGGACGAGCGAGUUCACAGGUCUUCUUGUUCCACCGCCAUCAAAUGGUGCAACCGGAAACUUGAGUCAGGUGGAUUUGAAUGAAACGCCUUAUAUGCAAACGAAAAGACUGCUUGCUCGUAUGGAAGCUCUCAUGAAAACAGUUGAGACAGGUCGGAGGUAUUUUCCAUCUUGUUCUGAGGUCCUGGAUAAGUACAUGGACGAGUAUAUGGACGAGGACAUACCUGAUAUGUCGCAUCCGGAGAAAGGCUCAGUGAAAGAAAGAAGGUUGAAGAGGAUGAGAUACAAGGAGCUGAAGAACGAUGUUAAAAAAGCUUAUAGCAAAGACAAAGAAGCCAAGAUUGCACGGUCUUGUCUUUCUUCUUCAUCACCAGCUUCUUCUCUUAGAGAGGCCUUAGAGAACCCAACAUGAUCUGUGCCAUAACUAGAGGUCUUUUCUUGAAGAAGUUGUUAGUGUAGCUAUUUUAUAAGAUGAUUUAGAAAAGAUUGGAGAUCCCAUUUUGGUAUUCAGGUUUAUACACAUGGUUAGGUUCGAUUU